AGAACGAAAGCUGCCGUUGACAUUUGUUUAUUUGGCAAGUUGUUUAUUGUUUUCCUGGUUAGUAAGAGCUUCGCCGUUUUUGGUUAAAUUGUUUCUUCAACAAUGGCUUCAACGUUGGACAUUGAUCCAACGUUUAAACACGCGCUGAAACUGCUCCACUCACCGCACUCAGAUGCGACGGAAAAGAUUCGUAAUCUUCUGGACGAGCUCAUCAAGCAACGGUACGGCAGUGGAAAAACGCUCAUUAACAGCCUGAGCAAGAAACAUCUCGGCGAGGAACCGCUUGCCGGGGGAAGCAAUCUGUACGUGCGUAAACAGAAGGUGAUUGAACCGAAGCCCAUUCCUGUGAUCAAUGUGGAUCCGGAUCCGGAACCGAUGGCAAGCGGUACGAUCGAGUGUAUCGUGAGCGCACCGGAAGCACUGACCAUGCCGCCGAUGCCGUCCGGUUCCAUCCUGAUCUCAACCUCUGACCUGGAGGGUAACGAUGAGGACGACGAUGUCGUCAUGGAGGAAGACAAACUGAAGGAGCUGGAGGAUCUGAUGUGCGUCGUGUGUCGCCUGAUGGACGUUAGUGCACGGAACCGGCUGGUCGAGUGUGCCGACUGUCACGCUCUAUAUCACCAGGAAUGCCACAAACCGGUCAUUUCGGAAGCAGACGCUAACGACGAAGAGAAUGCGUGGUACUGCACCUUGUGCCGCACCAAGCAAACCGUCACCAAGCUGCCAGCUACAGCGCUGGUAUCCACACCACCGAUUACCAUCGCAACGUCACCGUCGCCUACGGUUAGCAGCUCGGCAUCAAAAUCAACCUCACACUCGAAAGGCAACAGCGGCAGCAGUAACAAAUCGGCCGAAUCUUCGUCCAGCUCGAGCUCGUCCGGCAGUAGCAAGCACAAAUCGUCCAAAAGCGGAAGCAAAUCGUCCGACUCUUCGCAUGAGCGUGAUAGGGAUCGUGACCGUGACCGGGGCGAACGGGAUCGAGAUCGCGACCGGGAUCGUGAUCGCGAUCGUGACCGCGAUCGUGAACGUGAAAGAGAUCGCGAUCGAUCAUCCAAAUCGUCUUCGAACAGUGGCGCAGGAGGAGGAGGGUCGUCGUCAUCUUCGGGUGGUGGUGCUGGAAGCGCUGCUUCCAGUGCCGUUGGUACACCAAGUAUAAACAUCAUCAGUGCCGAUAAGCGGCUGCAAAUGAUGAAGAAAAAGGCGGCCAAAAUGCAGGACAGCAAGCGAAAGCAUAAGUAGAUGUAAAACGUGCAGUGGCGUAUUAAAAAGUGUAUUGCGCGGCAUUGAGACAAAAUGACGAAUAAAGUAGUUGUUGACAAGUUAAUUUUA